CCACGUGUGCAGCGUCGCAGGCAGAUCGCGAUCUCCAAAUUGCAAGUCCCCGCUACGGCCGACCGCCGCCAUCCGCACUCGCACCUGCAUCACCUCCGUCGGGGCAUCAGCGAAGCCCUCACGUCUUUCGAGGCCAAACGGUCACGCCCCUCGGCGUUCGCCAGACGGACAUAACCGAUAUUGGACAGGCUCACCGACUAGGACUCUGCUGCCAUGGGUGUCGCGCCUGCUUUGAGGAGAUACGCGGCCUCCGGUCUACGAACUCCCCACCGGGGUCUUGCUACCCACACUAGCCUGCCGGAACGCGACUGCUCUUCCAUCACUCCGCCGUACGCACGGCUGCAACAGAAAUUGGCAGAGGUCCGCGAGAUCUUGGAUAACAGGCCUCUCACCCUCGCGGAGAAGAUUCUCUACAGCCACAUAACGGACCCGAAGAAGAGUCUGGUGGAUGGAAAGCUCAAGCGAGGAGAGACGUACCUUCAGCUGAGCCCGGAACGAGUUGCAAUGCAGGAUGCUUCGGCACAGAUGGCACUACUGCAAUUCAUGAGCGCGGGCAUGACCAAGUGUGCCGUACCGACAAGCAUACACUGCGACCAUCUCAUCCAGGCCGCCACUGGUGCAGAAGCUGACUUGAAGCGUUCUAUUGCCUCGAACCAAGAAGUCUUUGACUUCCUCGAGAGUGCUGCUCGCAAGUACGGUAUCGAGUUCUGGAAGCCUGGCUCGGGUAUCAUUCAUCAGAUCGUUUUGGAGAACUACGCUGCACCGGGCAUGCUCAUGCUGGGGACAGAUUCGCACACGCCCAAUGCGGGCGGCCUGGGCUUGCUUGCUAUUGGUGUAGGUGGCGCGGACGCCGUGGACGCUAUGACAGGGACACCAUGGGAAUUGAAGGCACCCCAGAUCGUCGGCAUCCACUUGACUGGUAGCCUUUCGGGAUGGGCAACUCCCAAGGAUCUGAUCCUGCACUUGGCUGGAAAGCUCACUGUCAGGGGAGGAACUGGUCGCAUAUUGGAAUAUUUCGGUCCAGGCGUCUUCAACCAGUCAUGUACAGGCCUGGCUACUGUCGCGAACAUGGGUGCUGAAGUCGGCGCGACAACUUCUACCUUCCCGUACACACCGAACAUGCGCUCGUACCUCAUCGCGACUGGCCGUGCACCUGUCGCGCGUGCCGCCGAUGAAGCUGCCUCCAAGGGCUUCCUGUCAGCGGAUGAAGGCGCAGAAUACGACGAGGUCAUCGAAAUUAACCUGUCUGAGCUGGAACCGACGAUCAACGGACCCUUCACGCCCGAUCUGGCUACUCCCCUAUCGAAGUUUGGCGAGUUCGUUCAGGAGCAAGGAUGGAAGGACGAGCUCUCCGCUGGUCUGAUCGGGUCGUGCACGAACAGCUCGUACGAGGACAUGACUAGUGUGGCUGACUUGGCGAGGCAAGCUAAGGCUGCGGGUCUGAAAGUGAAGGUUCCGUUCCUGUGCACUCCUGGGUCUGAGCAGAUCAGGGCGACCAUGGAACGUGACGAGGUCACUGGUGCUCUGCAAGAUGUGGGUGCGACCGUCCUGGCGAAUGCGUGCGGUCCAUGUAUUGGGCAGUGGAAGCGAGAGGACAAGAAGGAAGAGGAGAACGCCAUCCUGACGUCGUUCAACCGGAACUUCAAGUCUCGGAACGACGGAAACAGGCUCACCAUGAACUUCCUCGCCUCUCCUACCCUGGUCACCGCCUUCUCCUUCUCUGGCAAGCUCUCCUUCAACCCCAUGACCGACACGAUCACCACGCCCUCCGGUGCCCCCUUCAAGUUCACCCCGCCCAAGGGUCAGGACCUCCCCGCAGCGGGCUUCACCCCCGGAGAAACUAGCUUCUACCCGAAGCCCACGCCGGAGCCGCAGCCCGAGACGGACGUCAUCAUCCGGCCUGAUUCUCAGCGGCUGGAGGUGCUAGUACCGUUCUCGAGUCAUUUCGGCGAGAGCAGUGGGAAUCUGCGAGGUCUGGAGCUCCCGCCUUUGAAGGUGCUGAUGAGGGUGAGGGGUAAGUGUACGACGGAUCACAUCUCUGCUGCAGGCCCGUGGCUUAAAUACAAGGGACAUUUGACGAACAUUUCUGAGAACCUUCUGAUAACUGCCACUAACGACGAAGGAGGGGACGUGAACGUUGCCUUCGACCACGACCACGAGCCUUCUCAAUCCGAGACCGAGACCAUCCCCAAUGUCGCGAAACGCUUGAAGGCACGCAAGCAGCCGUGGGCCCUCGUAGUCGAUGACAAUUACGGUGAGGGCAGCGCUCGUGAACAUGCUGCGUUGCAGCCUCGUUUCUACGGAUGCGCCAUGAUCGUUGCGCGGUCGUUCGCACGAAUCCACGAGACGAAUCUCAAAAAACAAGGGAUCCUGCCGCUCUGGUUCGCCGACAAGGCGGAUUAUGCCCGCAUCGGGUCCGGUGACGUUGUGGAGACGCUGGGUCUUAUUGACCUGCUGAACGGCGUGCCUGAUGCUACCAUCAAGUUGAAGGUGACUCGACGGAACGGAGAUGUCUUCGAGAUCCCAACGAAGCACACGAUGUCCAGCGACCAGCUCAAGUGGUUGCGGGCCGGUUCAGCACUGAACCACAUCCGCUCGCAAGUACAGUCACAAUAAAAGGGCCUAGGGUCUCAAGGAGGACUAUGGAGCUAUCAUAGAUGCUGUAUCAAUAUACGUUAUACAUUACUAU